AUGGCCUCAUCACCAAACAAAUUUCUUCUUAUCCUUGCCAUUGCGACGAUUCUGCUGCCCUCAAUUGCUGUUGCGACAGAAUAUGUGGUCGGAGGAGAUGCGAUUGGCUGGAAACCUAACUUCAAUUACACUGAUUGGGCCAAAGAUAAAAUGUUCAUGGUUGGUGAUACUUUAGUAUUCAAAUACGACCCUACAAAGCAUGAUGUGUACAAAGUGAACGGUACUGCGUUCAGCGAGUGCGUAACCCCACCUGGCGCAGAAGUAUUGAAGAGUGGAAACGACAUCGUUACACUGAAGAGCGCCGGAAACAAAUGGUACCUUUGCAGCACCCUAGGUCACUGUGCUAAUGGCCAAAAGCUUAAGAUUACUGUUAUGGACAUGAUGAGUGCACCUCAACCAUCCCCUAACGCUGCUCCUCCCAACGUUUUCGUUGGAUUUUUCCAAAUCUUCGUCUCACUCGCCAUCGUCAUCCUCCUUUCAUCUUAUGCUACUUAA